AUGUCUCUGCUAAGUCGACAAAUGGCUAUUGUUAACCCCCCUCCACCAGAGUAUAUAAAUGCUAAGAAAAAUGGACGAUUGACAAAUCAACUGCAGUAUCUACAAAAAGUUGUCCUAAAGGCUCUGUGGAAGCAUAGCUUUUCUUGGCCUUUUCAGCAACCUGUGGAUGCUGUGAAACUAAAGUUGCCUGAUUAUUAUACCAUUAUAAAAAACCCAAUGGACUUAAAUACAAUUAAGAAGCGCUUGGAGCAUAACUAUUAUGUGAAGGCUUCAGAAUGCAUAGAAGACUUCAGUACAAUGUUCUCAAAUUGUUAUUUAUACAACAAGCCUGGAGAUGACAUUGUUUUAAUGGCACAAGCUCUAGAGAAGUUGUUUGUACAGAAAUUAUCUCAGAUGCCUCAGGAAGAACAAGUUGUGAGUGGUAAGGAGAGAAUGAGGAAAGGUGCACAACAGAAAAUAGUAGUUUCUUCUGUCAAAGAAAAAACAUCCCCCCAAGCACCAGAAAAAGUAUUUAAGCAGCAAAUGAUACCCUGUGCAUUUCCUGAGCCAUCUACACCCUUAAAUAUGAUACAAGAAGCUCCACUCAGCUCUGUCUCACAGACGAUGGCCCAAGGUACAAAGGGUGUGAAGAGGAAAGCAGAUACAACAACUCCUACAGCUUCAGUAGUUAAAGCAAGUAGUGAAUCUCCACCAACACUUACAGAAAAGAAAUCAGUGAAAAUGCCACCUAUAAAAGAAAAUGUGCUAAAGAAUGUUUUGCCGGAUUCUCAGCAACAAUAUAACAUUGCAAAGAGUGUUAAUGUAACCGAACAACUAAAGCACUGUAGUGAGGUUCUGAAAGAAAUGCUUGCAAAGAAACACUUAUCGUAUGCAUGGCCCUUUUAUAAUCCUGUAGAUGUUAAUACAUUGGGACUCCAUAACUACUAUGAUAUUAUAAAAAAUCCAAUGGAUCUUGGAACUAUUAAGCGAAAAAUGGACAACCAAGAAUAUAAGGAUGCAUAUGAAUUUGCUGCAGAUGUUAGAUUAAUGUUCAUGAAUUGCUUCAAAUACAAUCCUCCAGAUCAUGAAAUAGUGACAAUGGCAAGAAUGCUCCAGGAUGUUUUUGAAUUCCAUUUUGCAAAGAUCCCAGAUGAACCUGUUGAGAGUAUGCCUGUAUGUUACAUCAAAACAGAUGCCACAAAAAUCCUUGCUAGAGAAAAUGGUGAUGCUUCCUCUAAACAUAACGCUUCUGAUGAUUCUCAAGAUGAACAAGUUCAACGUCUUGCAAAGCUUCAGGAGCAGCUUAAAGCUGUUCAUCAACAACUACAGGUUCUAUCCCAGGUACCUGUUCAUAAGCUAAAGAAAAAGAAUGAGAAGUCUAAAAGGGAAAAGAAAAAGGAAGAGUUUAAUAACAGAGAUGAAAAUCCAAGGAAAAAGUUUAAGCAAAUGCAAAUGUUCAAGCAAGUGAAACUAAAGGAAAAGCCCAAGAAUAAUCAGCCGAAGAAGAGGAAACAACAGGUUCUUCCUCUGAAAUCUGAAGUUGAAGAUAAUGCUAAACCUAUGAAUUAUGAUGAGAAAAGACAGUUAAGUUUGGAUAUAAACAAACUCCCUGGAGAUAAACUUGGGCGAAUAGUUCAUAUAAUACACUCAAGAGAGCCUUCACUGAGAAAUUCCAACCCUGACGAGAUAGAGAUAGACUUUGAAACACUGAAAGCAUCAACACUGAGAGAACUAGAAAAAUACGUUGCAGGAUGUCUAAGAAAAAGACCACUAAAGCCUCAUGCUAAGAAAAUAAUGAAGUCCAAAGAAGAACUUCUGGCACAGAAAAAAGAGGAGUUAGAAAAGCGGUUAAUGGAUGUCAAUAAUCAGUUAAAUUCUGGAAAACGUCAAACAAAAGCUGGAAAAACUCAGCCAGCCAAGGCAAUCGGAAGUGGUUCCCGACUGAGUGAAAGCAGCAGCAGCAGCAGCAGUAGCAGCAGCAGCAGCAGCAGUAGCAGCAGCAGCUCAUCAGAGUCUGAAAGCAGUAGCAGUGACUCGAGUUCUUCAGACAGCAGUGAUUCUGAAUCAGGAAUAUUUCCUAAAUUUACUGGAGUAAAACAGAAUGAUUCACCUUCUAAAGAGAAUGUAAAGAAAAUGGGAAAGGAGUACAUAUUGCCUGAAGGAGGGACAGGCUUCCUGAGGAAGUGCGAGAUCUUAGGAAAGUUACUUAUACAAUCUUCUGUGCAAGACACGAUCUCUAUUCCUCAGACCACACAUUCAUGUGGAAUACCACCAAAUCACUACCAAUUAGCAGUGAAUCAUCAAGAAUUAGAACAAUUACAGAGUGUGAAAAACAUUUCCUCUUUACAAAUUCUGCCUCUCUCAGGUGAGUCUGAAAAAGGCUUGCAUGACCCACCUGUGAUCCAUCAGUUUGGUGAUACUGACACAGUUGUGGCAGAACCUGAAUGUCAUGUUCCUGUGCAGAAGGAUUUAAAGAUCAAGAAUGCAGACUCGUGGAAAAGUUUAGGCAAACCAGUCAAAACAUCAGGUGUACUGAAAUCCUCAGAUGAGCUCUUCAACCAGUUUAGAAAAGCAGCAAUAGAAAAGGAAGUAAGAGCUCGAACACAGGAACUAACACGGAAACAUCUAGAACAGAAUACAAAGGAACUUAAAGUAUCUCAAGAAAAUCAGAGGGACCUUGGUAAUGACUUGACUCUAGAAUCUUUUUCAAGUCAAAUGCAAAUCAAGUGCCACGGAGAAAUGCAAAAAGAACAUCAGCAGUCAUUGGAAACUCAAGAUAAAUGCAACCUCUGGCUUCUCAAAGACCGUAAUUUAGCAAGGGAGAGAGAGCAAGAACGCAGGAGGAGAGAAGCAAUGGCUGGUACAAUUGAUAUGACUCUUCAAAGCGACAUUAUGACAAUGUUUGAAAACAACUUUGAUUAA